UGUUCUACUGAACGCAGCUAAGGUUUGCUGAGUUUGAUAUGCAUUUCGCUCGUUUCGUCGUGAAUUGUCGAUUUUGAUCGUCUGCCUGCUGUUAAUGUGAUUUCAAGUUUAUUAGAGCGUUUGUGUACACUUUCUGGCUCUCUCUCUCUCUCUAAUAACGUUUCAUUUAUUAUAAAAAUAAGAUGACUGAGAUGUCUGUAAUAGAAAUGCCAGUUGCGUCCGAGGUAAAGUCAAGCUGGGCCGACGAGGUCGAAGAAGAGGGAGGAGCGCUGCCCGCACCGUCAGAGAUCUACGAGAAUGGCCACAAAAUACUCACAGAAUACAAAUAUAAUCAGGACAACAAGAAGGUGAAAGUAAUACGUACUUUCAAGGUGGAACGUCGCGUAGUAUCAAAGACGAUCGCAGCGCGUAAGAAUUGGGCCAAGUUCGGCGAUCCCGCCGACGACAGGCCGGGACCUAAUCCAGCAACGACCGUUAUCGGCGAAGAUGUAUUUAUGCAGUUUAUCUCCAGCAAAGAGGAGGAGAACAAGGUGGAGGAGGACUCCUUGGACAAAUUGAAGAGCAUGGGCGACAAAGGCGUCGUCAAGUGUCGUAAUUGCAACGGCGAUCAUUGGACAUCCAAGUGUCCGUACAAGGACACCGUUCUCGCUGGAGGGAAAGUACCCGACGACAAGAAGCCGCUCGUUAACACGGCCGUACCGGGUGCGAUGGCUGAACUUAAACCGCAAGGUGGCAAGUACGUGCCGCCCGGUAUGCGCGACGGCGGCAACAAACGAGGUGACUCUAUGCAGAUGCAGCGACGAGACGACACGACAGCCAUCCGCAUCUCCAACCUCUCGCAGAGCACCACUGAUGCGGAUUUAGACGAACUCGUCAAGCCCUUCGGAUCUGUGGUGAAGCAAUUCUUAGCAAAAGAAAAGCUUUCCAACCUCUGCAAAGGCUUUGCUUACGUCCAUUUUAAACAUAGAGCUGAUGCUGCGAGAGCGAUUACUACUCUAGACGGCUAUGGAUAUGACCAUCUUAUUUUGAACGUAGAAUGGUCAAAACCGCAAGUUCCAAACAAUUAAGAUUGCGUAAAGUCACGAGGGGGAAAUCCAUUUAUUUAUUGUUAUUUGUAAAUUAAAUAAUUAAAUUUAUUUCACACAG